UCCUGGCUAAUAGCCAUUGAUGGACCUAUCCUCCAGGAAUUUAUCUAGAGGCAGAAAUGAAGCCUGUCAGAGUGGAUGGACAGACAUAAACAAGUGGGAUGUGAGCGAACAGGUAGAAAGAGGGGCAGUGGGGUAUGUAAAAAGAGGGAACUGGAGAAAGAGCCCCUCGGCCACGCUACUAUCCCCAAACCCCAUUCAGAUCAUCUUCUCCCUCUCCCGCAUGUCUGUCUCCCGGCUUCUUUUCAAUUCGCAAGAGGCAGAAGCUGCAAAGUCUGGCUCAGGAUCCGGAUCUUCCCAGGGCCUUUGACUCGGGGAGGGGCUGAUCUGAGCCCGUCUCUAACCGAAACACGUUGCAAAUUCCUGCUCCCUUAAGAGGCCGGAGACUUGCGGCGCUGCUUCCCAGGGCAGGCGCCUCUGCCACGCAGCGAGAGUUGGCGGGGCCCGGGCUGGGUUCAGGGAGGCGCCGUAGUCCGGAAUCUCCCGUCCCUGCCUGCGGGAGCGAACCGGACUUCGCCCCGGCGCGGAGCGGGCUGGGGACAAGCGGCAGCGCCCAGUUUAGGGCCGGAUCGCCGGGCAGCGCAGAGCAGCCCGACCGGGCCAGCAUGUGGACCGCGCUCCGGAGCGGCGCCGAGCGGACCUCGCCGCGGGGCAGCACGGGUCGCGUUUGUGCCCUGAGCCUGGGGGUAGCCGCGCUGCUCCUGCUCGGCUUCCUCAUCGGCUGGUUUACAAAACCUACUGAUGAGGUAACAGCCACUAUUUCUCAUGAGAAGGUGAAGAAGGCAUUUAUGGCUGAAAUGAAAGCUGAAAACAUCAAGCAGUUUCUAUAUAAUUUUACACAGCGUCCUCACCUCGCAGGCACAGCUGAGAACCUGCGCCUUGCACAGCAAAUCCAAGCCCAGUGGAAGGAAUUUGGAUUGGAUUCGGUUGAGCUGGUUCACUAUGACGUCCUGUUGUCCUACCCUAAUGAAACGAAUCCCAACUACAUCUCAAUUAUUGAUGAGCAUGGAAAUGAGAUCUUCAAUACAUCAUUAUUUGAGCCUCCCCCUCCAGGAUAUGAGACUGUUACAGAUAUUGUGCCACCAUACAGUGCCUUCUCAGCCCAAGGGGUACCAGAGGGUGAGUUGGUGUACGUCAACUAUGGCCGUACUGAAGACUUUUUCAAACUGGAGAGAGAGAUGGGAAUUAACUGUACUGGAAAGAUUGUCAUUGCCAGAUAUGGGAAAAUCUUCAGAGGAAAUAAGGUGAAGAAUGCUGAGCUGGUUGGUGCCACGGGAGUUAUUCUGUAUUCAGACCCUGCUGACUACUGCGCCCCUGGAGUAGAUCCUUAUCCAAAUGGCUGGAACCUUCCUGGAGGUGGAGCCCAGCGCGGGAAUGUGUUAAAUCUAAAUGGGGCAGGGGAUCCUCUCACGCCAGGUUAUCCGGCAAAAGAGUAUACCUAUCGAUAUGAAGAAGCCAGGGCUGUAGGUCUUCCGAAACUUCCAGUCCAUCCCAUUGGAUACAAUGAUGCUGAAAAGUUAUUACGUAACAUGGGAGGACCUGUCCCACCAGACAGCAGCUGGAAAGGAAGCCUGAAUGUGUCUUACAACAUUGGUCCUGGUUUCAUGAGCCGUUACUCUACAAGAAAGGUCAAAAUGCACAUUCACAGUAGCAAUAAAGUGACAAGAAUUUACAACGUGAUCGGUACCAUCAGAGGAGCAACAGAACCAGACAGAUACGUCAUCCUGGGAGGCCACCGUGACUCCUGGGUCUUUGGUGGAAUUGAUCCUCAGAGUGGGGCAGCUGUGGUUCAUGAGAUUGUGAGAAGUUAUGGGAAAUUGAAGAAGGAAGGAUGGAGGCCCAGGAGAACAAUGAUAUUUGCAAGCUGGGAUGCGGAGGAAUUUGGCUUGCUAGGAUCUACAGAGUGGGCUGAGGAAAAUGCCAAACUAUUACAAGCACGUGGGGUGGCCUAUAUCAAUGCCGAUUCCUCAGUUGAAGGAAACUACACUCUGAGAAUUGAUUGUACUCCGCUGAUGUACAGCCUGGUGUACAGCUUGACCAAAGAGAUACCAAGCCCAGAUGAGGGGUUUAGAGGCAAAUCACUUUAUGAGAGCUGGCAUGAAAAAAACCCAUCUACAGAAUAUAAAGAUGUCCCCAGAAUAAAUAAGCUGGGUUCUGGCAAUGACUUUGAAGUCUUUUUUCAGCGGCUUGGCAUUGCUUCAGGCAGAGCACGUUACACCAAAAACUGGAGAGUGGAAAAAUACAGUAGCUACCCAGUUUACCACAGUGUCUAUGACACCUAUGAGAUCGUGGAGAGAUUUUAUGAUCCGACUUUUAAGAAUCACCUGACAGUGGCACAGGUACGAGGAGGGCUGGUAUUUGAACUGGCCGACUCUGUGGUCCUUCCCUUUGACUGCAGAGAUUACGCAGAGGCUUUAAGGAACUAUGCUCAAGUCAUCUAUAAUUUGUCAAAGAAUCAUCAAAUGGAACUGACAACAUACAGUGUGUCGUUUGACUCUCUCUUUUCUGCUGCAAAGAAUUUUACAGAAGCUGCCACUGACUUUCACAGGAGACUGCAGCAAGUAGACAUCAAUAACCCAAUCGCUGUAAGAUCAUUGAAUGAUCAGCUCAUGUUUUUAGAAAGGGCUUUUAUUGAUCCUCUUGGUUUACCUGGCAGGCCAUUCUACAGGCACAUUAUUUUUGCUCCGAGCAGCCACAACAAGUACGCUGGAGAGUCAUUCCCAGGGAUCUACGAUGCCAUGUUCGAUAUAGAAAACAAAGCAGAUCAGCGCAAAGCCUGGGAAGAAGUAAAGAGGCAGAUCUCCAUUGCAGCCUUCACCGUGCAGGCUGCAGCAGGGACUCUGAAGGACCUCGCAUAAGGGCAUAUCAGCAACAUACUCAAAAGUGAAAGACUGGAGUUGACAGCUGUGGAGCCCUCAAAAAGAAGAGCAUUUACAGACAUGAGUGGGAUUAUUUUAAAAACCUUGUUCUUUGAAACAGUACAGUUAUUUGCAGUCAGUCUCCCUCACUCACUUCCAUUACAUUUAAUAACAUUAAUAAGGUAUGAUACCUCUGAAACUCUAUUAGGAGAGAGUGGAGUUGAGAUCAUUGUUCAAGUGAGAUACUAAAUUAAACGAUGUUCAUUUCAAAUUGCCACCUCAUGUUUAAAAAUAACACCCUCCCCACCCCGAUUUCCUUUUCACUUAACAUGUUAAAUUGCAGAAAUCACAAUUUUUGUAGUCUCACAGUUAUGCAAUGUAAUUAAUCUAAACUAUUGGCCUGAUUGUUUUGAUGAUUACCUUGUAGUACUUUUAUCAGUAAAACAGAACAGUCAUCCUUA